AUGAUUAUCUUGAAGGGAGAGUGCGAUCUUUAUUGCGAUGCUGAUGAAAAUGGCAUACGAUCAGAAUUGGUCAACUUAUUUAAAGCAAAACUUUCAUUCAUAACAAAUGGCGAUUUCGACUUUGUCAGACGUGAUAGGAAUAUUAUCUCUAGUCCUGUAGUAAAGAAGGAACAUGUGUGGGAUUCCAAACAUGUAAAACAUCUUUGCGGAACUGGACGCUUGUAUGUCAGCCUCAAUGUAUCCAAAGACACACUAGUCGAGGAUGAGGAAGGUAGUAUCACCGAGACACCAGCUCCCGCUCUAAGUACAAGUUUGCCUUCGACCAGUGCUGAGGCUGGACCUAGUGGGUUACAUGCUUUUUAGUGGCUUUGGGGAUGUCUCUGCAAUCUCCCAGAACACUACAUCAGAUGCUGGCCUUAGUACUGUUUGUAGUGAUGACGACGAGAAUGAAUUGAGACCUUCAGGGGCAAUCAAUUCACCACUUAUAGAUCAACAGAAAGUGGAUAACCUUGCUUCAAUCUUCCCUAGGAUUCCAAGAGAUGUAAUGGAAAGUGCUGUGAUGACCUGUGGCAGUUUGAACUCUGCUGUAAAUGUUCUUUUACAGUACAAUGCCGCAGGCAAUGACCCUGUCGCUAUUAUUGACGACGACCACACUCCAGAGAUCUCAAGUGGACCAGAAACUCUUCCUCAGAUGCUGCAACGUUUAAGGUCAAAGAUGCAACCAAGGGAACCCGUGAAAAGAUCAAGGUUGAUCAAGAUGAUCUAGUAAUGGAUGUUUAUAGCUUCUAUAAAAGUCCUGACUUUGACCCUACAAUUCCUGUUUUUUUGUUACUAAAGGGUUAGCCAGCUAUAGACAGUGGUGGCGUAUUACGGCAGGUAUUUGGUGAUCUUUUUUAUGCCAUGGCAAACAAUGAAGGAAUUAAGAUUGUUUUGAAUGGAGAUAAAAACAGCAAAGUACUUGCAUUCAGCAAUGAACUGGUUGUGAAUGGACUGUUUGAAGUGUUGGGUAAAAUGAUAGCUCACAGCCUCAUCCAGUCAGGUCCAGGAUUCCCAUACCUGUCUCCUACCAUUUACUGGUAUCUGGCAACUGGUGACCUACAGAUUGCCAUCCAGAAGGCCACAUGCUCAGAUGUGGAUGACAUUGAACUUGCCGAGUACAUCAAGAAUGUAAGUCUAUUGUUUGUUCUCUACAGUGAAACCUGUAUUAAGUGGACACCUGCAGGACCUUUGCUGGAGUCUGCUUAAUGAAAGGUUGUACAGAAAACAUGCGAAGAAACAAAAAGAAAACAAAUAGACAAACCAUUUUUACUUCGGCGGAGCGCGAAGUAAAGGUUUCGCGACGCUCAGGAAUGUAUCAAAGUUACAAUUUUUUGACAAGAUUGGGCAUGCAAAGUCUGUAGGUUUUCGGUUUUAUUCGGCUAUUUGACGAAGUGAGAGCCGAAUUAAUUCGAGAUAUCUCGAAAUCGCUUCGAUUUCAUUGAUUUAUUCUUUAACUUUUUUCGAGGAAGAAAGAAUUAUUACUUUGGCUUUCCCGGGGUUUGAACCGACUCACCUGUGUGACCAGUCAGAUCAGAGGAGACUCUAAGUUGAGGGAUUAGCCGAUUGCGCUACUGCGACCCAAGGUAGUUUGGAAUAUGAAAAAUAGUUAUGAAAUGAUGCACUAGUUUGGGACAAGAUUGGGCGUGCAAGUUCGUGACUUUUAGGCUUGUUUCAACUAUUUCACGAAAUGGGACCGGACUACUUCGUGAUAUCUUGAGAUCACUUCGAGUUUAGUCUUUAAUUACUCGAGGAAUAAAUAGAGGAUAUUUCGUGGCCGCGCAGAGACACGAAAUUUCUCUUCGAGUGUUGAAAAACAUUUCACGAGUGAGCCCUCCUUUCGAACUGUUUUAUGAUGAAUUUAAAGUUACCAAAUGCUGCAAAAAGACAUUUUGUCUUUGUUGAGUGUACGUAGUAAAAUUGCUUUCAUGCGGUGCGUGACUUUCUCGAACGUUCUCUACGUUUUUGGAUUAUCCAUGAAUAAUUAAUUAGGGCAUGUUUACAUUUCAGCAUGAGUCAGCAGAUUUGCAUCAGUUACUGAAAUCAUAAAAUAUGUCGAAAAGCUACCACUAUUCGCCUGCUGCUUAGUAUUUUCUAGAACCUUAUGUCAAACGGUAUACAAGUUCCAAGCGAGUUCUUUUGAAGAACUAAGUUUUUUCCGACGAGCUGGACUGCUGUGUUUAGUCAAGUGUGACGAAGGUCAAUUUUCAGGUAUUGUGUUUACAAGUUCGCGAAAGCCGUAAGAUAUCUGAAGUUCGAAUGAGAGUUUGUUAUUAUUGGUAGAGGCUGUUUAGUUUUACUCAAAGUUCAAGUCACGUUUGCGUUGUUGGAUGCUGUGUUUUAAAGCUCUGUAAAGGCUAUGUUCCUUUGGUGUUAAACUUCCUUGUGUUAAUCCGACAUCUCUGCGUGCUGAUAGUCAGUGAAUAAUUAUCCUCAAAACAUUCGAACUCGUGACUUUGAGUUUUAGCCAAUUCCAUGCUCAACGUAAUUGACUCCUUACCCAUGCGUUACAUAUCUUUAAUCAGUACAUGAGACUGCUAUGCUGUUUUUGAAGCCUGACGUGACUAAGAAAAAUAGAGAAUUGUUUUUUUAGAAGGAUUUGUAUGGAGUCAUCAGAGCAUAACUGGGCUAAUAUCUCGGAGACAAUUUGUCCCGAAAUGCUAGUUUUUGGCAAGUAGGCCUCUUGGAUGUGCUCUUUUCAGAAUAUCCUGACAAAUCCCAUAAUUUCACAAAUUAACACCUUACUCUCACCAUAUUUGAUUUCUUACCGCAUUUACAAUUAAUUAGUUCCACAACCACGACGCCGAAGUGUACGCUCCGUAGCGUCUUGUUCUGCUUAAUACAGGUUUCACUACGCUUUGGCUCAGUUUUGUUCCUGGUUUAAAUUUUUGUUUCUCUUAAUUCGUGUUGACUGCCAUACAUUUACAUACAAUUGCAGUAGACAAUAGUAAUAGAAAGGGACAUUUGAUCAUAUCCUAUACUUGCAGGUCACAGAAGCACCAGCAGAUGAGCUUAAUGUCAUUGCCUUUGAAUCUGGCUUUAUCAGAUUGUUAUCUGAAGCUAGAGAGAGUAGAAUACUUACAGUAAGUAGAAACCUAAUUUAUUAUGUAGUAACAAGUUAGAUAGGGCACAUUUAGUUAACACUAAAAUUAGCUGUGUGUGUUUUCUGCUAAGUGCUACAUGGUUUAAAUAGAGGCAAAGAAACUUAUAUUUUGCAGCUUGGAGGUCCGUUAAAUUGUUGGUUAACUGUGAAAAGAAGUAGUUUUGUUAAAACAUAGAAAAAUGCUGAUCAAUAUUCUGGUAGUUAAGCAGUGUGCCCUGCACCAUGCUUGUUACAAAUAAUUCAAGCAACAGGUUACAAUAUUAUUGUAACCUGUUGCUGUAAAUAAUUGACAGUAAUGAAACAAUUAAAUAAUGUAUUCUUGCAGGCUGAUAACAAGCUUGAUGUCCUCCAGUCUCUAAUGUUUCACAACAUUCUAGAGAAGAAGACGGCAAUUCUUGAUCAAUUUAGAAAGGGGCUGUCAAUUCUUGGUUUGUUAGAUGAAAUACAGAGACAGCCGGAGAUGUUUGAAGAAUGCCUUGUCUACCAAGGCAUAGUAAGUAAUGAUGCUGUGGCCAGUAGCUAGCCUUCAUUUCCCAGCCUCUGAGGACAAGAAUGCUCAAAGGGUAUACCAGUUGUUCCAGACAUUCAUCAAGAAUUGUAAUUCAGAUGGCCUCGAUGAUUUUCUGAGGUUCGUCACUGGUACAAGGUGCUCAGCAAAAAGCAUCCUUCCACGACGUAUAACAGUCUCUUGUGAGAGUGCAAACAGCAUUUUUGCAUCAACUUGCUUGCUGGAGCUAAAGCUUCCAAACCAUUUCAGAAAUUAUGCUGAGUUUGAGGCGGCAAUGCAUUCGGUGAUUGGUGGAAACACAUUCACAACAGGAUGAAAUGGCAGCGUGCAAGUAAUGAAUAGUCACAAAUGUACUGUCUGUACUUUGAAAUUAGCCAAUGUUGUUGUAAAAAAAAUCCAGAGUUCAAAUUGUUAGUUUGAUGGGUGGUAUACAUAAAAGUUAGUCAAUACAGUUCAAAGGUGACAACAUUUCAGGGUAUGCUGCAGUACUGUCAGUUCCAGCAUACAUGUUUGCUGUGUUAAGUGUCACUAUCACCAUAAGGUUUGAACUUAAACAAAAGAGCUGUAACUCUGUAUGACAAUUCUACUUUGCACUGAAAGAAAAGGAAAAAAAUAGCCUGAAAAGUUAUGCUGUGCCCUUAGCCCUUCAAUUCAGUGACAAUGCAAGAACCUUUUUUAGUAAGUGUAACACAAAGAGGCCAGUAGACCUUUUUGCCAGUACAGUGACCAAGUGGAAUAACUUAGUUUUAGAGGCUGUCACGUGACGCCUAGAGGGCACACAACAAGUGUCUGUUUUUCUCAAGAAUGCAUCUUUUUUGUUGUAUUCGAAAAGGAUUCUAAAGGCAAUCUUUGUGUCUAUUUGGGUACUGCCUGUUUCCUGGAAAACAAGAGUUAUGGUACCCUUCGACUCAUCUAGGAAAGAUGGAAGCGACUCUGCUAGCAGGGUACAGUUAUGGUAGAUUAAUUACAUCUACUUUCAAAUAGACAGACAAUCAUUUUUACACCCAAACAUGGCACAAAAUUGAAUUUUCUCAUUGGAAUCCUAUUUCAAACAAAAUUUUCAGGAAUUUGUCAAGAAAUUAGCACGGUUUCAGAAAAUUAAAGCACCUGUGCAUCCUUUUUAUCUCAUAACAGUCCUUAAAAUUUAAUUAUUCAUUUUGGCUGCCAUAAUGGUAUAAAUUGUUUAGUGAUGAAUUGAAAUAACAUCACUGUCAGGGAUGCUAUUGUGUCAACAACUUUAUAGCAUCGUGUCUAACGGACAUUUUUAUUACAUUGCAAAUCUCUCUUUCUAAGAGCCUUUUUUUACUUGAUGUUGUUGUUGUUGUUGCUGUUGGCGAGGAAGAUGAGGGGGUGAAUAUUAAAACAAAGUUGUCCCUCUUGUAUAGGCUGACCUGUUUUUAGUAAGGACAUCCUCUCUUCCUAUAAACAGGCCCAAAGUGGGUGCCAAACAUUUAUAUGUGCAUUGUACUCUGUUAUACUUGACAUACCAUAACUUAAAAUAGAAUUAAUACAAGACAAUGUAAUGUAGUAAAGUCACCAUUAUUGUCUUAACAUUUAUAACAAUGCUUUUAUUUUGGCAAGAUACAGUGUUGGGAGUUCAACAUUUUAGAUGCAUUACUGUUU